AGCCAAGGAGAACAUGGGACGAGACAGGGUCGAUUUAGUAGAUGCAGAAGGAUUCCCAUAUGUAGCAAAGGGUUCCCCCCAAGUAUGUACGAAAGACUUUCGAAGAGUGUUCCUAUUUCGUCCCCGCCAUUAACACCAGCGGCAUCGUGAUAACCCGAUUCCGUGUACAUCUAAAUUGCCAAGGUCAUGCUCUACGUCGGGAUAUCGUCAAGUCGGACUCCUUUGAGCUGAGUAAUUCCUAUCAAUUUCUAACGGCAUUGGCCGUUCGAAAGCGAAGUCACCAUGUCGCACUCGCCAGAGCAUUCACAAUACAGCACCCUCGAGGUCUCCGAACGCGAUCCUGAGACAUCCCAAAAGGAGGUUCUGCAAUAUCCGGAUCACAGCUACCCACAGACCGUCCCAGUCGAACAGGCGACUGCUGGAGCUACCCAUUCAUAUUAUAGUCCCGAGUCGGCGAAAGAAGUUAUUAGCCCACCACACCACCUAUAUCCUGGAGUUGGCGUCUUGCCGGGAGGAUAUAAAGAUCCGAACUAUGUAAAUGGUGUGGGCUACCAAAAUGCGGCAGCGUACCAUAAUGGCGCAAACUACCCGCCUGGCGCGGUGUAUUCUGACAUGUCGGCGUACCCGAAUAGCAUAAUGCCACCUAGCACCAAUAGCCCGGAAGCCGCUAACGCCUAUUUGAACGAGCACGGCGGUCAAUACCCUCAACCGAACGAGAAAGCAGCGCCGGCGGCAACGGUGUGUGGUCUUACCCGGAAAGUUUUCUUUAUGAUAGUAGGAGUCGCAAUCGUUCUAGUUGCUCUUGCGGCUGGGUUAGGUGGUGGUUUAGGGAGCAGGCAUAAUAAGGACUCAUCAGAUGGGUCGGAUUCGGAAUCAGGGAAUGGACUUUCUGACCCGGUGUUAACGAACUCCACCACGGAAAAAUUGAUACUCGACAAUUCCAAAGUAACGGCCACGAAUUGGACAGACCCCAAUGGGGUCAUUCACAGGACUGUGUUCUUCCAGGAUGUAUACAACUCCAUUAUUGCACGUCGAUGGGAUUCUGAGGGUAAAUCAUGGAAGACGAAUAACUUAACCGCGUUGAUGGCCGCCACGACGACACCCCUCAAUCCGCAGCCGGGUACUCCCUUAGCAAGCGCAUCAAUGGACUUGGAUCCCACUUACGAAACGCAUGUUUGGUUCACGGACCCGAGCAACACCAUAAGAUCGAUGGCUUCUUUCGAUGCCCUUAACAGACCAGACAGCUGGGACAAUGACACUCUCGAUAAUGCAGUGCUGCAGACUUGGCCUGGCGGUCAAUUGGCCGGGAUGUGGCAACGCUGCUGGGAAGCUGACUGCAAUGGCACGGGCACUUACGUUGUGGCUUAUCAGCGGCCAGAGGGUGCUAUCAAGACGGCUAACUCCAGCACUUGGGCCACGGCAACCGUAGCAGUCAAUUCCAAGGACGUCGCAGCGAACUCUAGUUUGGCGAUUAUUCCCCAACUACGUGGGUCGUCGCUCUCCCGUUUGGAACUUGUCUACGAAUAUGUUUCGGAUGGGACCGGAAAUAUGAGGCUAACUGAUUUCAACGACGAAUGGGAUCCUGACAAUCUAACUGAAACCCAACUGCAAAGUAAUAUUCCAUCACCCGCCCCGAGUCAACAAUUCGCGGCCACGAAAUGGGAUAGCUGGAACCAAGCGUUAUAUAUAGGGCUGCUCCAAAGCGGAAAAAUACAAGGAAACCACUGGGAUGGCAAAAAGAUGAAUGCCGUUUCAAGUUUCAAAUUCAACUCGGGUCCUAGCACCAAUUUCUCCGCCAUCGCGAUGACACCGGACGCCAUGUUCUACGCCAUCUCCAACAACGAAAUAUUGGAGUACUCAGUAGACACGUCGGACCCAUCUAACUUCAAUUAUGUGGGCAAAGUAUUCCCAUGAUCCUCAUACUCGAAUACGAAUUUUUAUUUUUUUGAUUUUGUUGGAACCCUAAAAGGCCAGGUUAGAAAGUCAGGUGUUUCGGAGGGUGCACAGGAGUUAAGGGGUCUGCAUGCUUGCCGGACGGGACAUAUUAUCCUCUUCAAUUAUGACGACUCUAUUUUAUCGAGCCAGUGUGGCUUUUUGAAAUUGAUACCAAGCGUAAGCAGUGUUUGCUUAGCUUGGUUUACCUAUAACAUGUUAUACUUCACGAUUUGUACAUACUUUCUUUUCAGUAUACAUGUUUUAUAUAGGAGUUUAAGAAACUCACAACAGGCAAUUCUAGCCAAGAGAUUAACCGCCGGCUUCAAUCCAAUACGGAACAGAAAUACCUAGA